UUGGAUUAAGUGUAGACAAUCCAACAAAAUUAAAAAUAAAUAAAAAUCAAAUACUUCUUAAACAUUACAAAUGACAAAUGUAUACGAUAAUACGAGACCAUAUUGGUCCGAUGAAGUGAUUAAUUUCGUUAUUACAACAAUUCGCAAUACACCCUACAUGUGGGACAAGACGCACAAAGAUUAUAGCAUCCGUUAUUUAAAACACAACUUCUGGAAAAACCUGAGAUGGACGCUGGAAAAAAGAUAUAAAUUUCGUGCCUAUACAAACGAGUUGGCUCGGAAAUGGCUAAAUCUAGCUUCGUACUACCGUCUGCAGCAAAAGGCCAUUUUUGAUGCAAAUGCGCGAGGAGCACAGCCUGAGGAAAUAAAGCGCCUGGAAGGAUGGAAGUUCUUCCAGCAGCUCAAGUUUCUGCCUUUCGUGGUGUACGAUAAGAACAGUGUGGAUGCGGAAAAUCUAUAUGAUAGCGCCAACACAGAGGACUCGGAUAAUAUCAGUUCUGGCAUGGUUGAGGAAAGUCAAACUAAUGCCGAUUCUGGUAGUCCUACACAGUCAACCACCGAACACAUUUCACAAUGCAGCAGUUCCGUAGAAAAUACGCCAAAGCAAGUUGGAAUUGAGGAGCUAAAUGUGCCAAUGGAGGAUAAUGAUGCCGAAGUUGAGGAGACAACACCUAUAGCCAUUGAGCCCGUAAUAGAUGAUGUACAAAGCACGCCAAGUUUUCAUUAUGGCAUGGCCGUUGCACAAGAUGUUUUUGAACUGGACGAAAAUUUAAAAAUCGACGCAAAAAUGGAAAUUAUGCAAGUAAUUGCUAAAUACCAAAAAAAGCAGCUACAUCGUACAGUUAUGAGUCUAGCCGGCAGCUAAGCUAAAUAUUCAAAUAUUUAAAGUAACAGUGU